AGAAUUUCUUUUUUUCUAUAAUCUCGGUCGUCCUUAUCUGUUACUGCUCCAUAACCAGAGCCCCAGGACCCCCACUCUGAUUGUCUUUCUGUGCCUUUCCGAUCUUUAAUGAGCAGCUAAGAAUUGGGUUCUCUGUCUAUUUUAUCGGGUGACCCGGUUUCCCUGGCUCGAUCGGUUGCAGUUCCAGCAGGCGCACACUCCGACUUUUGCUAUUCGAGUGAUGUUGGGCUGCGGUGACGUAAGCGAACGGGCGCGCAUAAAUUUUCCAGACGCGGACACAGGAGCGAGCUCGCGUAGACCCAAAACGGUCCAACCCAGAGAGAGAGAGAGACGCAUGCAAGCACGCAUACCAAGUAGUCGUUUGCAAAGCACUCGGCUGCUUGUCGCGCUCAGUAUCGGACCCAGCGGAGCUGUUCAGCGUUUAUCGGUAGUGUGACCGAACAGUCCCCGCGCUCACGGAACCGCUGACCCAUGUGAUACUGCAGCGUUGUGAGCGCGGAAGGGAGGGGGACGAGAGACAUAUUUUCCCCUCUGCAUCUCCACUCGGUAGACUGGAGAAGUAGGUGAUCACUUUGGAGGGAGAGAGAGAGAGAGAGGGAGAGAGCGCUGGAGGGGGGGCCGGGUAGAGUUGCGAGCGUGGAUCUCUCACCGUCGCAGUCCUCCGCGAGGAUGUAUCCAACAGCGAGGCUCCGUCAAUGCAACGGAAUCACAUGUGCCCCUGUGAUCUAACGGCGGUUCCGUUCUGUUUCUCUGGGUUCGGAUGGUCCGCGCGUUCCAUACGCAAUUCAGCCGAGAAAUCAACGCACACCAGCCAUGGCGCUGGUCAUGGAACCCAUCAGCAAAUGGUCCCCAAAGCAGGUGCUGGACUGGAUGAAAGGGUUGGACGAUUGUUUGCUGCAGUAUAUGAGGACGUUUGAGAGAGAGCAGAUAACCGGAGAGCAGCUGCUUCACAUCACCCAUCAGGAGCUGGAAGAGCUUGGCGUGACCCGCAUCGGACACCAGGAGCUCAUUCUGGAGGCUGUGGACUUACUCUGCGCACUGAACUAUGGUCUAGAGACCGAGAAUUUGCGGACUUUGUCACACAAACUCAAUGCAUCCGCUAAGAAUCUGCAGAACUUCAUCACGGGCCGCCGCCGUGGGGGACAUUAUGACGGACGGGUGUCGCGACGCCUUCCCAACGACUUCCUGACUUCAGUCGUUGACCUCAUUGGAGCAGCUAAAAAUCUACUAGCCUGGCUGGACAGGUCUCCAUUUGUCAGUGUUUCUGAGUACUCAGUGCUGAAGAACAACAUUGUUCAGCUCUGUCUAGAGCUAACCACAAUUGUACAGCAGGAUUGCACAGUGUAUGAAACUGAGAAUAAGAUUCUACACGUGUGCAAGACUCUAUCAGGUAUCUGUGAGCACAUUAUCUCACUGUCGUCUGAUUCGUUGGUGUCACAGUCUGCCCACCUAGAGGUUGUCCAUCUGACGAACGUGAUGCCUAGCGAGGGCCUGGGCAUGUACAUCAAGUCCACAUAUGAUGGUCUUCAUGUGAUCACUGGAACCACAGAGAAUUCUCCCGCGGAUCAGUGUAAGAAGAUCCACGCCGGUGACGAGGUCAUUCAGGUCAAUCACCAAACUGUGGUGGGCUGGCAGUUGAAGAAUCUGGUCAACUGUCUCCGUGAGGAUCCGGGUGGAGUCAUCCUCACACUGAAGAAGAGGCCACAGAACACUCUGGGCUCCACCCCUGCACUGCUGAAGAACGCCCGCUGGAAACCACUCGCCCUGCAGCCGCUGUCCACCAGUCCUUGCAGUGGUUCUCCCACCCCACCCAGCACACUUGGGUCAGUGGGACUCUCACCUGGAGUGGACAUACCUGGGGGACAUGAUGUUUUUAUUCUUUCCCCUGUCUAUGGACACAGAGAGGAUGAUCUGGAUCGGGGUGGGUUUGGAGUGUUUGGCUCAGAUUCUCCAGGGUAUUAUGUAGAACAGGAAGUACUUGGGGGUCAAUACUUCCCCCUCCUGGAAGAGGAUUCUGGGAGAAAUACCGGACUGCGACGCAGAGACCGGACUCCAACUCACAGUGAUAUCCGACAGGUUUCAAUGGGAACUGAAUGGCUGGCAGAGCCUCAAGAAUCUGGAGUUUACAAAAGAGGAAGCAGAGAUUCGGAUUCCUCUCUCUUGCGGUUCCUCGGUGAUGAUAGGAUUUUGUUGAUCCAGGAAGAGGCAGAGUUUUCCCAGCGUGACACAAGCAGGCGAUCCAGGAAGAAGAGCCGAAAUCCCAGCAGUCCCAGUUUUCCCAUUAGUCCCUCUAUGCUUGCCCCUCCCGUGCGUCUGGACACAGGUCCCCCUGAGGGGCUGCCCUUCCCUGUGCCCGACUCUAACACAAUGCCACACUACCAUAGAGCUGCAGACACACUUCGAGCAGAUGCUGAUAGAUAUGCAAGUUCUGGACUGGACCGACAAGCAGGGGCAUCAAUGAGGAAGUCUGUACAUUAUGCCUCUCUGAGGACCAAGCCCAAGAAAAAAAGCAAAGGUUCUCUCAGUAGUGCCAGCAGGAGGCGUAUUGCCUGCAAAGACCUGGGUCAUGGCGACUGUGAAGGCUGGCUUUGGAAAAAGAAGGAUGCCACCGGCUACUUCACACAGAAAUGGAAGAAGUACUGGUUCGUUCUUAAAGACUCCAACCUGUACUGGUACACCAAUCAGAAUGAUGAGAAAGCAGAGGGCUUCAUCAGUCUGCCAGAGUUUCGGAUAGACAGAGCAAUUGAGUGCAGGAGGAAACAUGCCUUCAAAGCAUGUCAUCCCAAAAUUAAGAGUUUCUUUUUUGCUACAGAUCAUUUAGAGGAGAUGAACAGGUGGAUGAACCGUUUAGGCUUGGCUGCGAUUGGCUACACGCCUGAUGAUCCGGUACCACGUCCUGAUGAAGAUUACUGGAGUGAGAGUGACCAGGAUGAGGUUGAUGGCUCUAUGACUCUCAAACAGGAAGCCACUUACCACCACAACCCCUCUGCAACUUCGUCCAGUCCAUUUCCUGAGCGCCAUUUUUCCAGUGGCUCCACAUUCUCGCAUUCCUCCGCCGAGGAGUCCCAUUCUUCCUGCCGAUCCUCCCAUCGAGAACGGCGCUCAUGGCAGGACCUGAUUGAAACCCCCUUGACCAGCACAGGCCUACACUACCUUCAGACCACAGAAGCGGAGGAGCCAGCCCUGCUGUCACCUGACCAGCACCGACAGGCCACACUCCCCGCCCAGCGCCGGCGUCCUGUGGAACGUGAUGGGCCAUUUCCAUUGACGGACAGUGAAGAGUCCCGGCCUCACCAUCACAAUCACAAGCAGCGUAGUCAGAGCCUCCCUCGCCACCGCGACACACACGGACACUCGCACCGCAGCACCCGUGCACAUGCUCACGCGCACACACACGGCACUCUGAGGCCAAGAACUCAUCUCCAUGAGGAAGAAGAGGAGGAAGAGGAGGAGGAAAAGCAGGCUCGCAAAUCUAGCAGCAGGAGGCCUGAGAGCGAAGAGAAAGUGUCCGAUGGCACGGAUGGCCUGCAGGAGCUGUACCGAUCGCUGGAGCAGGCUAGUCUCUCAGCUUUUGGCCAGCAGAGGCCUUCCACCAAACAAGAGUUCAGACGCUCCUUCGUCAAACGCAGCAAUGACCCUGCCACAAAUGAACGACUGCACCGUAUACGGGUUCUCCGUUCCACGCUAAAGGCAAAGGAAGGCGACUUGGCAUUAAUCAGUAAGUUGCUGGAUGACCCUUGUUUGACCUCGAGGAAGUUUCAUGAAUGGAAGCAACGUAACCACGAGCUCUUCCUGGAUAUCUGUGAGUUCAGUUCUGCCGCACUGGAACCGCCCUGCGAGUCCAACGACCUUUCACCUCUCUCGCCAACGCUGAUGAUGCACACUCACUCUUUCAUAGAAACGCAUGUGUGAAACACAGUCACGCACCCACAUGACUAACAGUCACAUGCUAAAAUACAGACAUAAAGGUAUAUGAACAAUGUGAGUCGUGCAUUUCAAAACCCCCACACACACUUUGAAAAACACUGUGGAUCCAGACUGUCUUCACUUUUUCCUUGAAGGAUGACCUGAUACUGCCCUUCUCCUGAGCGCAAGUGAACCAAUACACUGUAAUAUCACUGUCAAAGAACUGACCCAGCCUCCAGAACUACUGCAGACAGACACGCAGCCACUGAAACCGAAAGGCAACUCAAACUCAAACGGAAGUGAAAGUGCUACCUGCACAUUUACGGCUUACUGCAAACUCUGUACAAUAUAUUUCAUCAGGGCCACGUUUUGAGAUGGAUGGAAGAAAGGCCCCCGUGAGGUGCCCACUGCAUGCCUGAAGAAACAUCUUUUCAGAUUGACUGACAACCUGUCGAACAAAGUAGGACCGUAUAUAAAAACAAAUAUGUUAUUUUUCUCUCUGAUUGGAGUUUAAAAAAUCACUCUUUUUUCUGAAGAUUUUGCUUGUUAGUUUAUUUAUUUUAUAUAUAAUUUGUUCCCCUUCCCUCGGAAUGCUGCAGGAAGAGCACUCAUGUAGCCAUGGGCAACAGGCUUUACUCUGUUACCAAGCAACACCGCCCUACUGUGUUACUCUAUACAACUCUCAAAGCAAGCAAGAGUGUUGGAAAGUGUGUGUGUGUGUGUGUGUGUGUGUGUGUGUGUGUGUGUGUGUGUGUGUGUGUGUGUGUGUGUGUGUGUAUAAGAGAAAUGAGAGAAAGACAGAAAAUGAGUCAGUUGGAUGCCUGAACAGUCUCUUUUUGAGAGUUUGAUGACAUUUGCAUUCGGGAAAAGAUGAACUCCUGGCAGGUAGUAACGCGUUUAAUUUGGCUUCUUUAGAAGAUUUAUAUUAUAGCUAAACUCAUGCAUGUUUUAAAAAAGUAUUACUAUAUGCUAUCAGGCCAGAGAACAGUCUGUAUAUAAGAACAUAUUAUUUGCAUAGCUGCAUCCUCUGUUUAAAACUGUGAAUUGUACUCGUGAAUGCAAUCUUUUGACUCUGCGAACGCAGAACCUUUCUACUCUCUAUUUUUUUCUACAAAAAAAAAAAGAUGACAAAAGAUGAAAAGCUUUGCUUCUCUGAUAUUAUGACUGUUUUUGCUUGUUUCCGGGUCUUUGCUGGUCAUUACCUCUGAGCUUUGGGCUACAUUCAGGUCGUUAAUUUCUGUUUGCUAAUGUACGUGUUCCUUUGACAGACUCCACAAGCCUAAAGCCAAUGUUUCAUUCCCUUUCGCAAUUCUAGACGUCAGUGGCUCAGGAUUCUAGAAUUGGAUCAAGUGAAACGGGAGAGAAUUCGAGGUUAAAAUACAAAAAAAAUCAAUUGGUUCAUUCCCGGCGGUGGAGCGCAAAACGUCCCCUUUCCAAAUGUUGUGUGCGUGUUCUCAUUCAUCCACAUUACAAACACAUUGGUUUUAAACACAGCCCUGCAUAUGUGCUCAGUGUUACAGUUAUGUUUGAUGUCACUUUUUAGAAUCUCGUGGGAUGUAUUUUAAUUGAAUAGAAUGUACUCAUUCAAUGGCUUGUUAAUUGUAAAUUUCAUUGGAACAAACACACACACACUGCCCACACACAGACAAUACUUUUACAUCUGUGGUUGAUGCUUUCUUACCAAAGCUACUCUCAAAAUCACAUAUUCCCAUUGCAGUUACCUGUUACACUUCACUGUGUUUCAUCUCAUGAGGUGUGUGUGUGUGAGUGAGUGAGUGUGUGUUCCAUCGGGGUUUCACUGUGGUUUUAAGGGCAUGUCCCCCCUCUUUCCCCCACACGGCUAUGCUGUAUAAGGUGUAAGUUGCACUGCAACAUUGAGACGGAACAUAUUGCUCUUUUUUCAAGGUUUUCUUGCAAAAAUUCCCCUUCUGUAUAUUAAAACACCAGGAAGAGCCUGAUAUUUAUUCACAGUACUACUCAAAGCUAACCUUCUUUGCUUUCAGAAAUAUAAAUACAUAUAUAAAUAAAUAUAAUACAGAUUGUAAAAUGUUAAACUAAUAAACUGAGUUCUCUGCACUCUG